AUGCAUGAAGUGCAUCUCAGCAAGACUAGCCCUGCUACCUCCACCCGACUCCGCUCCGCUCCUCCGACACUACCCCUAUUUUCUCUGACACCAUAUCCCUACCCUCCGACCCUAUCUGGAGCUCCGCUCCUCCGCUCCAUUGGUCUGACUGAUCCUACUCCUACUCCCUCCACCAUCUCCACUUUUCUGACCCACUCGGUUCCUCCAGUUUCUCUUGUAUCACCUCACCCGACUAUCAUGCGAGCUCUGUCACCCGUCACUCACACCCCCGUCACUGGGAAGAAGUCUCGUGCUGAAUCAGGAUUUGUGGAUGCUGUCUGGCGCUACAACAUGAUUCAACAUCUUGAUGAUGUUCACCCUCAGUAUGCACACCCCAAAAAUCCCACUGGUCUCCCUCUGCCACUUGACAUUCUCAACACAUUCAUGCUGACGUGCCUCGAACAACGUGAUGCUGGUAUCCCCGAGUUGCAAUGGCUUAUGCCUCUUUUUGACUUGGAUGAUGAUAAAGAGAAUCAACCCGGACCAAGUGCCCGCAAGCGGAAGAAUAAUAACGCCGGCAAUACGAAUGCGAAGGAAGCUUGUAAAUCUGUGUAGUCAGUUUGUUCGUUUGUUUCAUUUCCUUUGCAUGCUUUCACGAUUACACGUACAUCACUCGCUCGCUAUUUUAUAGCUUCC